AUGUCUUUAAACGGUGGAGCAAUUUUUCUGUUAGGCCUAAUGGCAUUUUAUGGUGUCGUUACCGAAGCAACGCCUGUAGAGUUUGGGAAUUGUUCGGACGUUACAGAGCACAUUAGUGCCAUCGCCGUCGACGUAACCCCUUGCUCAACAACGCCAUGCGAAUUCAAGAAAGGAACUAAUGUUACCUGCACUAUCUCGUUCACUCCUACGGAGGAGGUAUCGAAUGGGACACUGAAGGUUUACGGUAAACUUGGACCUGUGAAGGUGCCUUUUCCAUUACCUAAUCCUAACGCCUGUUCCGACCAUGGCCUUACUUGUCCGUUGAAAUCAGGAGUGCCAGUUGAAUUGACAAUAACUUUGCCGGUAAAAUCCGAAUAUCCUGCCGUGACAGUAGUAGCUCAGUUUGAGUUGGAAGACCAGAGUAAUAACUAUGUGUUCUGUUUCCAAGUUGUUGUUAAAAUUGUAGACGCUUAUGAAAAUGUGGAAGCUUGAACGGACCGUCGAUCAAGAACUGGACCUUUCUUACUUUCUCGGCAAGCUUAAUGGACAGAAUACUAAUAGUACUUGUAGGUUAUAUAUCUUGUUACUCAAAUUUAUCAAUUAUCGAUUACUUGCUUAUUUCACGUAGCAUUUUUACAGUAAGUAGUGCUCACUGCUAUUUAUUUUGCAUAGUGUUUUAGUAGUUCUAAUUUCUUAGUUGUCUUGUUUGUGUUAGCACUUGUAUGGGUCUCUAUCCUUGUAGUCUAGAUGUAGUGAUUUAUAUUGUUUGUAUUAGAACAAAGAAUUGUAAUAAACUGCCUGACCCUAAAUAUUGUGGCUUCGCUCGAAUCUUGGUGCUUAGACUUGAAGAACUUCCAAGAAAGAACACCACCCCCUCCGCUUCGUUAGUAAGAAAUCACGUGAUGUUUGUUUUUGUGAAAGGUUUGAUGAGAAAAAACGAGGAAAAAUCCAAAAAAAAAAUGUAUAAGUUGCUACAUAACCCAAUCGGUGGUGGAUUUCACUUUUUUUGUUUAUCCCGAUCCUUGGGUCACAUGGCGUGCUAAAUGACGUAAGGAUCACGCGACUGGGAUCGGCUCCUGGCUCGUGAUCGUCAUAUUUCCGGCCCAGUUCAGCUCGCCCGGGGGGUCAGGUCACUUGGCUGGUUAGUGAAGAAGGUUUGUUUUCAAACCGAGAUGUUGGGCAAACUUGUUUAAAUAUAUAUUUUUUGUUUUGCUCUUUUGUUUACUUCUUCAUCGCGUUGCCUUAAGGAUCAGUUUGCCGUUUUAUAUUUUCUACAGUUAUUAUUGUACUGACCCAGGUCUGUGGACUUGCUGAUAAUUUAUAUUUUGGCUGGCAAUCGCCUACUCGAGGGGGUCUUUUGCAGUGGCGGGUCCAGACCUUCAGAUAAGGGGGGGGGCGGUCACCCAGACUCUGAGAUAUAGAUAAGCGGGGAAGGGAGGGGGCGGUCUCAAAAAAUUUUUUUUCGGCUCUUCGGACCUCAUUUUGUUCCAAAAAUAAGGGGGGCCAGCCCCCCCCGGCCCCUCCUCUGGAUCCGUCACUGUUUUGUUCGGUUUUGAACUAAACCUCUAAACUAGGAGUCAAGAAACAAAGGAAAAGAAAGAAAAAAAGUAUCCCCUGUUAUUCGCGAAUGCCGUUGGAAAAGUUCCCCGAGGAGAAGAAAAUUAAUGAGCACUUCGGCCCUCAUUCGAUUAAAUAUGGUAUGAAGUGCGGUCGGUAAGCCCCCUGCUCUCUACAUAGCACCACUUGAGGUGGUUGUAGAUAGUUGUAGGUGGUUUGUGUGGUUUUAGGUCGUGCCAUGGGCCGUUCCAUGUUUUAGUAACAACGCAAGGUGUUCGCCUGACCUCACUCCUCUCCCCAAGGGAAACUGCGCAUACAUUUCCCAGAAUACCCUGCAAAACUUAACAAAUUAUGGAGGACGAGGAUGUGGGGGAACGCGACACAGAUGGAGAAAGUCUUCUUUCGGACUCCUCAAAAGUGCAUAGCUCAGCUGUCGAAACAAAAUUUAAGAGGAAAAUUACAGCAUUUGGAUACGUACAGUGCUGUAAGUUUGGGCAGAGCUUGCGCACUAAUGCAGUAGCUUUUUAGCUAGAAGCUUUAACUUUAUGUUUAGUUAAUAUUAAGCUUAUUUUUGUUUUAUACUUUUGAACUUGUCGCCCCAAUUCCCUCAUGCAUUGUUGACGUGUAAGCGUUAAACGAGCUGAGUAGCUGACAUGAUUUGCAUUUGUGUGUUGUCUGUUUGCCUUUCGGUCUCAAACUGAAAACAUUUGGAAUUAAGCUUUAUUAUACAUUCAACUAACUAUCUCUUUUCUAAUUGGCCGAAAGCAUACAGUAAAUUUUCGAAAUCAGCGCCUGGGACGUCAUCUAGCUGCAGAUUAUACAAUAAUCAUGUCAAGGCCACUCAAGGUCACGGGUAAUCAUGUCAUGUAUGACUCGCGGGAAUGGGGGGGAAGACUCCGCAUAUGAUGGUGGCAGGAGCCUAACUUCCAUACGGAUGCUAAGUAGGAAAUUUUGAAAAAAUUAAACCCCCAUCAAAAUAAACUUUUAAUACGUAACCAGGAGAAUCAUUGAAAAAGGGGCAUGGCUUCAGAGGAUUCUUUUUUGACCCCAGUUCAGAGGAAGAUCUGCAAAACGUCUACUUCAUCGGCGACAACGCAUAAUUCACGCAAAGGGAAAUCAAAAUCAUCUUCGAAAAACAGCCAUGUGAAAAGGUAAAACACAUCUAAAAAUAAACUCACUUGUAAAAACAAAAAUUACGGUGGGAUGGAUUUUAAUAAUGGCUAAAAAGACAUUAUGGCCUUAGCUUUUUUGAUCCCAAAAACACCAUGUUAAAACACCCAAAUGAAAAAAAAAUUUAUUUUUAAAAAGACAUUAUCAUCACUUUUCAGUUUUUUAAAAUCGUCAUAAAUUGUCAGUCCACCAUACUCGCUUCUUGCAUCUUUGUGAAAUAGCAAACUUGAAAAUGUUAAAAAGAACUGUACCUGCAAAAUAUCAUUAAACAAUACAUAUGUUGUAGUUAAUUUUUUAUUUCAGUUAAAUUUUGUUUUUCCUUUGUUUUAAAUUGUUUAGCAUACAUUACCAUACCCAAAAACAAUGGAAAAAUAAAAAUUAACUGAAAUAAAAAAUUAACUUCAACAUAUACAUCAUACGCUAAAUACUCGCUAAAACGAAUUAAAAAUAUACAUAUAAAAUAUAUGUUUUUAUAUUUUUUCGCGUGCAACCCUAAACGUAGCCUCCCAUGCAGGCGUUUUUAGGGGAGCUCGUUUUUCAUCCCUCCCCACAAACGCCUACUCAACGGAAAACAACAUUCCUUUCCCAUUGUUCUAUUUGCGUGGUAAGUGACCAAUCAACAAUUAUUAUUGUGCAAUAAAGUGUUGACAGGCUAAACACGACUGAACGUGACCCUAAAGUUACCGUUUUCCUUCUUUUCUUUCCUUCGCUAAGGUUAUGCAGUGCAUGGAGUAUUCUAAAUUUUGACUAAAUCUUAUUUUUGACGCUGUGAAUCUAACAUUUAUUAGAGGACAAAAAGGUCAGAAAGCUUUCCCAGUGUUUCAUGCAGAUCGAGUAAUUGUCAGAUUACCUUGCGGUCAAGGUCAACUUUCCAGAAUUUGGAAAGUACAAUGUGAUUGGCUAAGCUUGGGAAAGGAAUGUUGUCUUCGGUUGAGCGGGCGUUUGUGGGGAGGGAUGAAAAACGAGCUCCCCUAAAAAUGCCCGCGUGGGAGGCUACCCUAAACGAGACCUUCACGGCUAAACAUGAUGGCGUUUUGCCCAGAACAUCCUAAGUGAGACCAAAAUCAGAAAUUUACACCCCUGAAGAAGCAAAAACAUGACUUCCAGGUUUACUUUGUUGACUGAGCAAGACAUCUUUUUUUUUUUGUCAUAAUUUAUUAACCACACAAAAUAUACAGGAGAUAAUAAAAUAAAAUAACUAAUUUACAACUCCAAUAGCUAACUAAUCAAAUACUAACAAUGAAAUAAAUAAAUAAGUAGAUAUAGUUCUUACAACAAUUCACUUGGCUUGUUUUUAAAUUAGGAAUUAUUUUGAGUUAAUUAUAAAAUUAGAAAACAACAUGGAUUGGACUUUGGUAUGAUCUGAAGAAUUAUAUAGAUCUUGGAAAGUGUUAUCUGCGAAGGCUGGAUAACACCCUCCUCGAUUUUCAGAUUAUACCCUAGCCUGCGUAGCUGGCGGUAUUGUGUACUAGUCGAGUAAUUCCAAUUAUUAAUUUAUUAUUAAUUUAUUUUAUCCUUGUUUUAAUUUCAAAGAUUUUUUUACCAUUGCUGUAAUUUUGGGAAAUGGAACAGUAGGUUGGUAUUUUUGCAUUCAAUAAUGCUCAUAAAUAAUAACUUAUAGCAAAAAUAUUUGUUAUAUAGCUGGAAAUUUUUUCUCACUAGCGCACGCUCUCAUUGGUGACUUCGAGGUCACAUGACAUCUAACAAUGAAACUGUUUUCUGCCAAAAUCUCUGAGUGGGCAACAUUGCAAAAUCUUUGACUUCAUAUCGUAACACUGCACUGUUACACAGUGUUCCCCUACUCCCCUUGUGAAUGUUGACUGACGACUGCCAUUACAUGGAAGUUUAAUGAAUUUCUCAAUGUUUCCCUCUGCUCCUCCUCGGGAAACAUUGAGAUUCUUGAGCAGGAAACAAAAUAAACUGUUCCCCUCAGGACCAGUCAUUAAGUGUUUAAUGUAUAUAUAAAGAAAUCUUGUCGAACUUGACUGAUAUAAAAAAUAAUAAUGUAGCACUUUUUCAGCUUGUUUUGAAAAACACUUAUUUCAUUUCUCUUGACACUUUCCUUUUAGAGGGUCCCAUAUUUUAUUCUAUUAGAUUCGUCAGUUCUUGGCACAGUCACUUCAACAGCAUGAUACCAAUUACUGCGGGCUCAUAACAGUCCCUCCCCCUAUGAGAGAUAGACCAAAAUACCGGCACCAACGCCCCCUACUCUUUACAAAUAAUGCGUGGGUUCUUUAAUGUCCCACAGAAUUUACAUGUGCAAGGGUUGUGAGAUGGGGCCCAUGGUUUAUCAUCCUUAUUCUAGAAGACAAGAAAGUCUAACCGUUUGCAGAUGUCUUUACAAAGGCAGCACUUUCUCCUCAGACUCUGAGUGUUGGUCCAGCUGGGGCUUGAACCAGAAACCUCCUGCUCAGCAGACCGGUGCUUAUCCAAAUGAGCUAACCUCCUGGCAAAAUUCUUUCUUGUAAAAAUAUUAUUCAUUCGUCAAGCAUAAUAAUAUUUAAAAACUGCUUUCAAGAGCACAUAAAAAUUGACUUGGGAUGAGCAAUUUAUUACGAAUCACAAAUAAAUGUAAAAAGUUAAAUCACAAUUUUCACAGAAAAUAAUCACACUUCACAAAAAAAAGUAUGGGGUACCCUCUUAUACCGAGAAUUUUGCAUGACAGUUUGGUACAUGGUCAUUUUUGAAAUAUUCAGGACUGCUUUUUUUGGUAGUCCUUUGAUUUUAUUCCAGUUAGUGUGAACUAAAAGGAAUGUUCAUUACCAUUUACCCUGUCUAGUCUUGCGUUACAGUGUUUCUGAUUGGAUGCAGCAAAUUUUCAGCCAAUCAGAAGCACUACCCAGAUCUUUGUAGCGAUGCUUCAUCUCUUCUAUUGAAUUUCUGCAGUCUUUCUUCCGACGUGAUUUCACGGGAAAAGUACAAGUAAUGGUGCAGUUGUGAAUGUUGGCUGCUUUCUCAGGCUACAUGCAUUGGUGCAAAAUACAAUGUAAAAACUUUCUUGGUUGAUCCUCAUUUAUUAGGGCUGCCAAGAGUGCUAAAUGAGUCUGGAUUCACAGUGUAUGUUGCCGUUGUUCUUCUUCAAACAUCUAUGCAGGUAUGGCUCUGCCACUUUUUUACAUACUAUACUUGUCAGGUCAUUUCUUAUUAUUCAACAGUGCAAUUUGCACAAUAUUAUUGCUCUGAAAUCCUGUUUUUCUAUGAAUGCUAGAUUGUUACUUUCACGCUAAUCUGGUUUAUUGGCAGGUUUUGGUGGUGUUUUAUUUUGUGGAGCUCUUGCAGCGGGGCUAUCUGGCUAAGAGGCAACUUCUUGGAGAAACUGUAAGCUUAUGACAACGUGUAUAAUAACAAUUAAAUAUCCAAAUAUCGGUAGGGAACCAGAUCAUGGGAAACCGACCCGAUUAAUUUUCCGAUUGAUCGGAAUCAGUACCGGUCUAUAGGCACCAGUUGCCGUUUCCUAUUACGAUGAAAACUUUGCCCAUUCAAUCGGAGCCAGUUGACAUUCCAAUGUUCAUGUGUGUCAUCGUCAUAUUAGUAGUAGUAUAAAGUAAUCCUUGGACGUGAUAUUGUUCUGAUAGUUGUAGAGCCGUUUGGACUCUCACUCAAUGAUAGAAAAAACACAAAGGCAUUUUAAAUAAUAUGAUGGUGUUUUCCACCCAGGCCAGUUGUCGUUACGUUAUUUAUUUAUUUAUGUUUGAUGUGAUGUUUCUUGAGACUUGACUGUCUUUGAAGAGUUCAGGUAAAAUAAUAAGAGCCCGGGAGGGGAGGGAGGGGGGUACUCCCUCUAAUGGUCCAUAAUUAAGGAGAGGCUACGCCCGAAAAGGUUACCUUUUUCGAGCUUCAGUUAUAUGAAAGGGUAAGCAUUUCUUUAGUUGAAAUUGGUGAAAGGGGAGGGAAAUCAGACAAGGCAGUUUGUAAAAAACUUAAAAGGGCUAUAAACAGACACAUUUUAUGGCUAACUUCGUUAGCUGACCAAAAGUGCCGGCUUGUUAGCCAUCCUUAGCUGGCUACUUUCAUCUCCUUCUACCAUAACUGUUAGCUAAAAAUAAGCACCAUCAAAUAAAAUUUUAAAGCAUCCGUUUCCCAGUUUUGAGUGACUUCGAACGUAUUUUUGGACAGGUUUAGAUCUGUGAAACAUUCUAACUGUGUGUGGAAUGCCUGGGACAUUUUGACGCCAUUGUUCCCAGUCUUGCGUGUAUUCUGACGAAACAACACGGUGUCCGCGGUGGAAAAUACCUCUUGAAAAGCCCUGGAAAUGCCAUUUCUGAGACUCUGAAUUUCAAAAUGCCCCUAGAUGUCUCUGCCCUCACAGGGUGCAAAGAAAAUCAUUUUUACAGCUUGCCAUUCAGGCAAGCUGAAGUUAGCAUUUACUAGCCCAGACGUCAUUUCAACCAGCCCCAAAACUUUUUGUUCUUCUGUUAUUCAAAUUCCUCAUAAAACAUCACUUGCCCGUCGGGCAAGUUAAAAACAAAAUUCCACCUAGCCCAUUCAUUUUGCGCUGCCUCAAGAACCUGCGAGUUCAAAGCCAAAAUUAUCAGCCUGCUUCUUAAAAACGUUUUGACAGCCCUGGAAAGAGGUCCCUUUUCUGUCCAAAAUGGUAUAUGAAUGGAAAAUUAAAGGCGUUUGGCCCUCAGGACAGAGCCUCCUGCAAGGGAUAUACAUUAUAUGCAGUGUGGUGAUUGGAAGGGGAACUGAAAUUUCCUGGCAGCUUCAGAUGGUUGGUUUCACCAAAAAUCUGUCCAAGGUGGAAAAGAGAGAAAAUGAAAAUGCAUUGUUUUUAUAUGUAUUUAAUAUCGUGUGAAUUUUUGCUUUGACUAGUUAAUUCCUGGUGAUGAAGAUAUCCCCCUUAAUGAUGUGGGGGGUAGUGUUGUGGAAGAAGAAGAAGAAGAAGAAGAGGAAGUAAACAAACCAUCAGAUGUGGAAUUUGAGAUACGUAAGUAAGAUCAAUCACAGUCCAUACACAAAUAUAAAUUUGAAUAGCAAACCCAGUAAAAGUGAUAUUGCAGUUUAUAGUAAAAUCUACAUUGAUAGAGUGCAUUUGAAAAUUUUUGUUAGAUGUCAACAAAAUUAUAAUAAAAAGCCUACACUGUAUUAGGUCGAUAUCACAUUUUUGAGAAAUUGGUUCCCUCAGAUUUCUGCCUUAUUGAAAACACAUAUACUGUAUUUCCUCAAAUAAUAGCCGUCCCGAUUAAUCGCCCCCUUAAUUAAUUGCCUGAAGGAAUUGCCCACCACCCCUUACCACUGCUCUUUCUUUUUAUCCCUCCCUGUAAAUUAAGUGGAAUUGCCCAAAACCACCAAUUCCCCUCUCACCAUCUGCGACAUUUCUUUUAUCCCCUAAAAUGUCUAGUUGAAGUGGCAUCUGAUCCAGCAAAACUGAUCAUCAACAAUUCAAGAGGCCCUACCAGGGUCAAUUCCGACAAGCGACAUGACCCAAAAAGUAGCAACAGCGUGUAAAAUAAAAUUGCGACAAGAAAAAUUCUCUGGUUAACAUUCGGUAGCCUGUGAAUAUUUUUUAUUCAGCUGAUGAGGAGCCUCUUUCAAAAUAAUUAUUCUCCUGUAAUGUUACACCUUUCUCCUGCUACUAGAAUACUUAAUGAAAACCCUGUUCAAGCUGUGACACUGAGGAUAUCAAUAAUUGACACUGAAAAUUAAUCAAGGAAGCAAUUUUGGAACACUUAAAAAUGCCCAUGUUUAGUUUAUUAUUUUGAUGUGAUCAUUUUUUUAUUUUAAUGGGAUAAUAAAACCAAACAUUUAGGGCACAACUUCCAGUAAGCAGUAUUUGAAAUAAUCACCUCCCUCGAUUAUUCACCUUCCCUCAGCUCAAUUAACCGUCCCUUGUUGUGUGAAAAAAGAAAUAAUCACCCCCGGCAAUUAUUUGAGGAAAUACAGUAACAUGUAGCUCAAUAUACGUGAACCAUUAUUUGUGCUGGAAAGCUUGCUGAAAAAAGGUGUGUGAAGCUAAUUUAGCUGUUGUCUGAUCACUGUCCUUGCAAAAGGGAAGUAAGAUUAAGAUGUAUACUUGCUUCUGCCACGUUCCUGUUGUCAAAUAUUAUUACAACUUAAUUACACAAUUUGGAUGGAACAGAAGGCAAACUUUCAAUUGUCGCUGUCUCCUUAGCGUUAUUAGCAUUUUACACUUUCCUCCCUUCCCCUUCGUGACUCUUUCUCUUUUCUUCUCUGUUUUUUUUUCCUGCUGGGCAUUUCCUAAGCUUUAUUCUAGUGGAAAAUGUUUUAAUGUGAAAUUAUUUUGAAGGAAGUAAGUACAGUUGCAAAUUGGAAAAGAAUUCUCUGGUCCAAAUUGCUUAAUAAUAAUAAGAAGAAGAAGAAGAAGAAGAAACUUCUGUUUUAUACAGUACUCACAGAUAAUGUGGUUUUCAAUAGGGCACUGCAUAUAAAAAGUAAAAUUGCUAAAAUACAGUACUAAAAUGACAAAAACUGAUGUUAAAAAAUCACAUGAACUACGAAAAUUCACUCCUAAGAAAACUGGAAUAAAAAAAACCUAGACCCUUCUAUUGAGAUCUAAAAUUGUAAUUUUCUCUGGUUUGUUCCACUUAAUUGAUGUCAGAGGGGUUUAUUUUGGAAUAGUUUUCACCCCUACACAGGCUAUGAACUGUAGGUGUUGAAGUUGUCUAUGACUGUUAAAACUGAAGACAGCGCACAAAUGAUGCAUGGGACAUGGUGCAGGCUGAUAGGCAGUUAAUACUAGUUGAGAGAAUAUAUUUUAACCCUUUAAGUCCCAAUAUCCACCUACAAAUUCUCCAAACUGGUCUUCAUACAUUUCCUUAGAGAAUGAGUUAAGAGAAUUUGGUAAAAGAUCAAGGUAUUUUCUCUUUGGUGAUCAUUUUAUUAAUUCUCAUAACCUAAUCUCUUAACAAUGUAUGGAUAGUGUUGGGAGAAAAUUGAUGUUGGACACCAUUAGGACUUAAAGGGUUAAGAAAAGUUAGUGAUCUUUACCAUAGUUGCUGACUUUUACAACUGAUUGCCAUUUCUCUAAACGACAGCCCCCUCUUGAGCUUGGGAAUCGUUUCUUAUCAUUCUUUAUCUUUCAGGCAAGGUUAGUGGUACUGUACCACUUCCAAUAAGGGAGAACCACCAAGAUACAGUGCACAGUCAGCCCAGCCUUCACACAUUGGCAGAACUGUUUCUGUGCCAUGGCUUAAGACAGAUCUUUGAAGUGAUCAUACUUCUAAUGUUGUAAGGUUUUAUUUGUUACCAGACAGUAAAUUGAAUAAUUUAAUAUGGUCUGUAGAUAGUUAUUUUGUAGGAUGAGGGAUCAGUCCACCUUUAUUCAUUUCAAACCCAUCAGGUGGGCUAUUCUCACAAUGCACCUUGUCAAGUAGUUGCAAAUAAUAUUACAGCUCUAUAUAUUCUGAUAAUACCAUAUACAGCUGUAGGCUUAUUACUCUUUUAGAUUCCAAGCAGUGCACACAACCCAAAAUGCACAGAGUAUCCAAUGCUAAUUAAAGGGUUAAUUUUCAAUACAACAUGGAAUAUUCUCUUCUAAGCUAUUUUUUGGAUGAAAACAGGUUCACUAACUCCCAACCCAUUUUCAAACAAGGCCCCUAUGAUCAGUCAGAGGGUGGGGGGGGGAGGUUGUACAUGUAGUAGUUUAUUAACAGUACCGAUCUCAGUAUCAUGAAAAAUUUGGUAAAUAAAUUUCCAGAGUGCUUCUCAACUUACAGUAUUUACUUGACUUAGCACUGCCCAUGAUUAAGUGCUACCCUGGAAUAAGUGCCGCAUUUGGAACAAAAAAGUUUAUAAGUCCUGCCCCCGAAAAAGUGCUGCUGCCUGGAUAUAAUCAAAAUCAAAAGACGUUAAUUCUGGUGGUUUAAUAUGGAUAUAUAGAGAAUACUUCAUGGAAAGUGCUGGCGUACGGUAUUUACGCACGAGUUGUUGACUUAUCAGAAAUCGAACGAGUGAGCGCAGCGAAUGAGUAAGAUUUCUGAUACAAAAACAACGAGUGCGUAAAUACCGUACGCCAGCACUUUCCAUGUGGUAUUGUGUUUAUUAUAUACAUACUGAGACAUUCAUCAUUUUGGCGGCCUUUUUAUUUUAAAUCUUUCAAAAAUGCUAAAAUUUGCCGCUACACACUUACCGCAAAAUGACAACGAAAACGAAGUAUCAGCUUUUUGGUAAAAAUGUUUGUUAAAAACAUAAAUGACGGUAAGGAUAUGGGGUAAUCCAAGAACUAUAAGUAAUCUUAACUGUUUGUUCUCAAUGCACAAUUGAAAAUGAGUGAAUUUAAGUAAAAUGGCCGGUUUCAAUAUAAGCUUAAGCUUAAAUGAAGGCAAAGUAGCUCCGACAAAAAGAACAACAAAAGCUUACGUCCCGUUCUGUUUUUCCCUUUCCGCUGUUGUUUCGCCGGCUGUCUACCGUUUUCUUUAUCGACAGUGAAACAAACGAAACUAUUCCACCCAUUUCGAAAUGUUUUUCACUUUUUAGUGAGAAAACUCUUUGAGUAAAACUUUCUCGUUGAAUGUGUGCGACGGCGCUGCAAGCUGCAAUAAAAGGCGGGAUUUUGGCGAAACUCACACACCUCUGUGGCUUCUGAUUGGACGUAUCAUUUUUCUAAAAAAUUUACGACAUAGCUUUUUGGUGAGUAUUUCUCAGUAUGUAUAUAAUAAAAUACCAUAGUUAAAACAAUUUUUGUCAUAUAGAUCUAACUUUCAAAUAAAUGCGACCAUCAAAAUUAAUAAUGCCACAUUUGAGGCAUGAAAAAUUUAAUAAGUGUGCCAGGUGGCACUUAUUUGAGUAAAUACAGUAAUACCCACAAUUAAUAUCAUGUUGUCUAGUCAAUACGUUACAGGGUUUUUCAGCUUAUGUAACAUGUUUUUGUUCUUUUCAGUAUUUCUAUUCUUAUCAGUAAUGCUCUAGAAGCCAGUACGUUAUGUGAUCAGCUGCUGAAUAUGAAGUGAGUUCUUUUAAUUUACAUUAAUUUUUAUGCUGUUUAAUUAUACAUCUGGUGUACGUCUGUUAUCUAAUCCAGCUGUGUGUUACCAUUCUUUUAACAGUUUGGUUUGGAUACCUGCAGUGCUUGUGUGGUGCAGUGCAUUCCUGACCAUCUUUGUUAACUCUUUAAUUGUACCCUUUGUGUCAGUGCUGACAUUUCUUAAUGGCUGCUUAUUUUCUACUAUUGCUGUAAGUUUGGCUCACUAACUAUUUAACAAAAGUACAUAAACAUCCCGCCUUAAUAUCCUAUGAUCUUCUUCAGUGGAAUCUCUAUGGGUGGGGAUACAGGGAUACAACCUCUUCCCUCCCAUAGUUUGCAUAUAUUCCUGGCUCCCGCCCCUUUUUUCUUGGUUUUCUCCCUUAAGCCCUUCCCGGAUUGCAGAAUAUUUAGCAUUGUUGCUUAAUUUCUCCUGCCUCCUGCCCUUCCUCCCACUCUUUCCUCUCCCACCUCUAAUACAAAGCAGGAGCACCCAAUGAGAAUAUAGUUCAAAACCACUUAAACAUAGCAUUGCUGAACAUAUUUUAGUAUUUGAACGGUAGAUAUAGGUAUAUUUUUAUCCCCUAAAAAUUUUUCAUCCGUUCGGAUAUCCUAGUUGAAAGUCUAGUGAUCCGAAAAUUAUAGGGAUGAAAACUUACCUUUUCAAAAAUUUCAGCCAGAAAAAGGGCUCCCAAAAAUUCUAGGAGACCUUUUAAGGGUAAAAAACCAUUAGAUGUUCAAAAAUCCUAGGAGCUAGGCAGGCAAGAAAUUUCACAACAAAUGUUCCGAAAAUUCUAGUCCUCAAAUCGUCUUCCAAACAGAUAUUUUCUAAAAAUUGACAUUGGGUGCCCCUGACAAAAUACCCCUGCUGCACCCUAUUCUCCUGGUGGACUCCCAUUCCUCUAUCCUCCCCCACGCCUCCACUCUAUUUAGUGACUACUGCAAAAAAUUGUUCAAACUUCCAAAUAUCUUUAAUUUUGUAAAAUCCCAAGAAGUGAAUAGUAAUGGUUGAAUAGUAGAAUAAUUUUUUCCAUUAUUAUAUAAUAACUAUCAUUUAAUGUAAUAUUUUGCAGGUUUGUGGUUCCACGUUAAUAGGAAGUCAGUUUAACCCCAAACGUAACCACAGUGAACUGGAGCAUGUUUGUCAGCCUCUUGUGUUGGGGACUGUGGCUUUAGGUUAGUAUGACCUGACAUUAAGAUAAUUUUAAGUUGGUUUCUAGAAUAAUAAUUUGCGUUUAAACAUCUCUAUGUCUUGUAUUUUUGUACAGUCAUGUACUCACACUUGGAAGACAAACUUUUGCUUCUGUAUUAAAACUAAGUGUCGACUGCAAAUUAUGUAUGAAUGAUAGAUUUUGCAGAAAUGUGCUUGUGGCAUUUGUAGCUAGUGAAGUUUAUUUCUGGAUGCAUGUAUUUCCCAUUUCCUUGGUUGCGCAGAAGAAACAAAGAAAAUUAAGGAGAUGUGUGCAUGCAGGCUAUACAAACAGUAACUAACACAGCACUUUCUUCUCAGUCCUGUGCCAGACUCAGAGUAGGGACACCAUGAAAACAGUAAGGUAGAGCAAAAAUCAGACACGCGUCAUCUGUCCGAGGCACCUUCUUUCUCCCCAGUCCCUGUGCAUUUUUCACUAUUAAUUUUCUGCACAUUACAACAGGUGCACCAUCUUGGAGCCUUGGACGGGCUAGUCACGGCCUGCCGCUUGGCAGACCAAGAGCUAAUCAGUCUGUGGUUAAGGGAAUAAACAUUGAUAUUUGGCUUCUUUUGGUAGGAGUUGCUGUAAAUAUCCUUCCUGUUCUUUUUAAAAAGAUACGUCCUUCAGCUUCACAGGUACGGUGUUUUGAUUGCUAAUAAGUUUACUAUAUGGAGCAGCAUUCCAGUUGAUUCUUUCAAGCGGGGGGUCAUGUAGACCAUCUGAGGUCACCAAGACCACAUGCCAAUUUUUUUUGUCCUAUUUAACCUAAUACUAAUGUGUCAUCUGUCGGGUCAGGAAGCCUUCUUUGUCGGGUCAUUGACCCGAGACCCAUCUCUUAUCGGGAACAUUGUAUGGAAGCAGGACUGCUCAAUAGUAAGUUUAUUAGUAGUCGUGUCUCAUUUCCUGCAUGAUAGGAAUCACAUUGCUCUUGUAGCACAAGAAUCAUUGGAGCAGUAAUUUUAGGAAAAAUUAUUUAUAGAUGACCCGACCUUGCGAAACCAAUUAAUUUUGCAUGGCGUUACCAUGAAGACUGAAGAAAGUGCAUGUUAGAUUUCGCAUUUCUAUCAGGAUUUUCAUUGAGCUCGCAUCAGCUCACCAUUUAAUGGGAAUUGCUGAGUUUUCACUGCUUUGUGUGCCCCCUUUUCCUUGACUCUUUAAUAUUAAAACCAUAUCACUGGAAAAGACUCUUUCAAAUCAUAUUGGUUUUCUUUUGGCUGGACUGUGCGGGUGACCUCAGUAGUUUCUGCAAAGCAGCUACUCUAUGAUAGGGAGUAUUUGGGGAGUUUUAGUCUAGUAUAGAGCAGCAAAAAUUCAGCUGAACUUGCUCUGGUAUAGGCUAAGGGUUCCAGGGUCCCAGUGGCACAUCCCCACCCAAAAUUUCCCAAAGUACCACCCCCCCCCCCCAGGGGUCAGGAAAAGGAGAUGACUGACAUUUCAGAAUAAUUUACAGUGUUCUUUUAUGUCCAUUUCCUCUUCUGUAAUACAUGUUUUAACAAACUGUUUGUUAACUUUCUCCAACAGAUUCGUGGUUUUUGCUGGUCUGUCAUUGCUGGAAUAAUAACCUGUGUUAUGAUUAGUGUUUUUUGGUAAGCCACUGAAAUUUCUUUGCACUAAAUUAAGGAUACUAUGCUCAGUCACAAGUAAUGGAUAAAAAUGUUUUACGCAUGCCCUUAGGAGCUUGUAAUCUUGAUGGACGUAUUUCCUCAACCAAUAUCCAUGCACUCUCAAGAGAUAAGUUAUGAGAAUUAAUAAAAUGAUCACCCAAGAUAAAAUCUAUUAUGAAAUUCUCUCAACCAAUUCUUUAAGGAAAUGUAUGGAGAUCAGUUUGGAGAAUUUGUAUGUGGAUACUGGCUGUGGAGGAUAUUGACAUUGAAAAUAAAUCAAGGAACCAAAUUUGGAAUACUUAAAAAGCCCAUGUUCAGUUAUAUUAAUUUGAUGUGAUCAUUUUAUGAUUUAUUGGGACAAUAAAACAAAGUCUUUAGGACACAACUUCCAGGGAGCAAUAUAUUUGAAAUAUUUAAAUCACCUCCCUCGAUUAAUCUCCCGCUUUUUGUGCAAAAAAUAAUCAUCGCCAAUGGCUAUUAUUUGAGGAAAUAUGGUAUUUGCAAUAAAUUGUGAUAUCAUCAUGGCUUUCUCCUCCAUAGAGGCCUCUUCGUGUCAUACAGAGGUUGAGGAUAGAGGGAAUAAAGGAAAGGGCGCGGGCAACGAUGGGAACGGAGAAGAGGAAAAGAGUGGCUGUGUCGCACCCUUUCUCUUUUCCCAUUGUUCUUACUAUUUUUUUAUUAUUGCACAAGAGUUCUUAAGUGAUGACGUCAUAAAAAUUUAAUCUUUGUAAGUAUGGGUUUUUUGGGAUAUUUUUUGAAAGAACGACAUCUGAAAGACAUACUUGCAAAAAAAAAAGCAUUAUGGGGCAACUUAUCUCAGAGAUACUAGUCCCACUUUGAUCUGAUGACUCCAUACAAAUCAUUUUAAAUUUGACUUGGUUCCUAAUGUUACGAAGUGGGUCAACUUUAUUAGGAUUCGUAUGGGGUCAUCAGAGCAUAAAUGGGCUAAUAUCUCCAAGCGCAGGCAAUUUUCCUGGCAAGUAAAGCCUUUUGGAUGUUGUUCCUUCAUAAUACCCCGAGAAUUUCACAAAUUUAAUUUUUUGUGAUGUCACACUUUAGGACUCUAUUUUAAUUGAAAUACUCAGAGGGAGCAGAUUAAAGACAGUCCGUUGAAAUAAAGCUGAUUAAUAAACUAUGGAUAACAUAAAAAGGCAGUCUAACCGGGUAAAGUAAAUGUAGAAAGAUACACUGUCAGGGGUAUGUUAUUAGAAGAGAAGAUAACACUGUACAAAUAUUACAACAAACAUACGGAGAAAUGCUAACUGAAGUUUCAACAAGCGCCAAGUCACUUUUUACUGAUGUUUCGCCCCCGUCAGCAUUAGGAGGCCUCAAGAACGUCCACUUGGAAGGCUAAGGGAUGAGAAAACAGUCUGUUGUACUGUAGUUUUGCAAUGUUACUAGAGACAGGUUUCAUAAUUGUGUGGCAAUUAUGUGUAAAAUUAAUGUAUGUUAAAUGUCAAAUAUAUACAAAUUUAAGGUGAUAAUGUAAUUUCUCACACCUACAGGGUUGCAAGAAAUGGAAACAUCUCUGCCAUUCUUAUCUCAAAGGUAACAGUUGUGUAACAGUUAUUUAAAACAAAGAGGCAUUUUGUGUGAAGUCAUCACGUAUCAAUUCAUUCAUUCAUUCAUUCCUUCAGUCAUUUGUACAUUCAUUAAGUAUUCAUUCAGUCUUGAAUAUUCUCAUUUAAUUUGUUAUAGAUUAUCAAGUCAACAUUUCCAGAUUAUAGUUGGCUUGCUGUACUCAUCCAAGUACUGGUUAUCGUCAGUGUUACUGCUUCGUUUCUUACAGUGGCUACAGGAAUGAAGCACUUUGGUGAGAAAGUAAACCUUUGAGUACAGUACAGGUGUACACUCUCACACACUCCAUUCUCAUGCUCUGUAACAGACUCCCUCCUUUGAAGGCUCCCCUGCCACUGCGUACAUACAUACAUAUCUCUUAGACCCAAAAAAAAACCCCCCCCCCCUGAAAAAAAAAAGAAAUCCACACGCCUCAACUUCCCAUUUCCCCGGCUUCCUUGUGACAAAAACAAGCCUUUUCAGGGGAACAAGUAUGGGAGACUUCAGAAAAGUGCACCCCCCCCCAUCCCCACGCAGGCCGAGUGGUCAGAGCAUUGGACUCGCAAUACGGCGUUCCCUGGUUCAAGUCCUGCUCUGGCCACUGGCUGGAUUUCCAGUUGUUCUCAGUCGUUCUCGAGUUCACAUCCUCGGCCACGCUUGGUAAUAGCCAACUGGUUGCCUCCUGCCAGUUGGGGUUUUUAAUCCUGUUAUGUUGUAUUUGAAUUCUUUGUUUCUGAAUUAUCUGCGUGGAUUGCCUGUAAACUAGCUGCAUAAGUUAAGAGUUAAGUACACUUUCCAUUAUAAACAAGCCUUUAAACCUUUUUUAAAACCCAUUACCUCUUUGUACAAAAUUAGUAGUACUAUUGAAUUUUCAAAUGUAAAUGAAAGUGCUGUUGCAGCUGCUGUAAUUAUUGUUGAUCUCGUUUAUUACCUCCGAUACUUUCCGCACUCAAAGAUAUUUACAAUAUUUGUUGGCAUUGGUUAUCUAAGAAAAAGGAGUUAAUAUAAAUACAACGAACCAAUAUUAUUUUAAUAUGCACUCUUAAUUUUCUCAUUUUCAUGUGUUUUUACAUAGUCGACAGCUGGUUUGAAUCCUUUUAUCCCACAAGGCAAACAAACUGGCAGGAGAUGAAAUCUAAAUGGGAUGGUUUCUACUGCCGAGCCAACAUGAGGAGGUCAGUCCCCUAGCUCUGCUAGUUGAGGUCACCUAAGCGAAAAAAUCGUUUGAGUGAAAGAAAUGAAAUAUAACAAAUUGGUGUUAGUAAACCCAUGUUCCAACUAAGUUUUAAAAAGUGUUAGGGUACCUAUACAUUAAGGUGCACAGUGUCUAUGCAGUCAGUAACAUUUCAUGUAAGUCUAAUAGUAUUGGUGGGAGAACUUAGCCGUAAGUCUUUUACUUUCUGUUGAAGCUGAUCAGUCAUCUGAGAUUUUUCACUUUUCUUUCUCUGUCAACAGGUUUCUAAAAGUGACCAUACUCAUCUCUCUUUUUGGACUUGUUUUCGCUGUAGCCACGUUAAAUCCCAAUGUAAGUCUCCGAGUGUAGCUGUGUUUUGCUACUGUGUUCACUGUACAAUGCUGCUUUUGACUUUUUAAGUACUAGUAAUAUAACCAAAGGUUAUGGAGUGUGGGCGACAAUGUUAGAAGGUCAAAACACUUUUGCUCCAACGCUGUCCUCUGCAUAAGUUUUAUGUGACAGAUGGUCAAAGCAUGUGUGAUCAGAUUACGAGUGGUAGAAAGGUCCAAAUGCAUGUGAUCAAAUUGCAUUAUGUGCAUUCCAUUCAUUCAUAGUGGAGGUCCAAAUGAAUGCUGGCUACAUACGUUCGACGCAUGGGUAAUAAAAACCUGGAGAUUAGGAUUGUGGGCUCCUCUUCUCGCCCACAAGUACACGGCAGGUUUCUCUCCUGCCUCAGCGACCUAGUUACCAUUAAAUGUAAGUUGCUUGACAGGCGUCAAAAGGGGCAAAGGAAGGAAGGGAAAAUGGGAGAGGAGUUGCUUUUCCCCUCUCUUUUCCCUUUUGUUUUCCCCCCUUCCCAUUUCCCUUCCACGCAUGCCACAGUCAGGCUGCUAAUCGGUACCUGAUCGCCUCACCACCAAACAAUCUUGUUACCAACGAAAUCACCAUCAAGAAUAGAUAAAACUUAGCUCAGCAUUGUUUUGAACUUUCAUGAACAGAAGUUUCUUAACCGUUACUUUAUUUUCAUAUUUCAAAGAAAUGACUAGUUUCUGCCAGUUUUUAAAUUUCUCAAAGGUCAAAGUUUACAUUCAUCAUCAUUCUUGCACUACCAAGAGGAUAAGAUGUCCAACGCAAGGACAGUCAAUUAGGAUCGACAGAUUUGUAUAUGGCUCGACUUUAAAUUCGAAUAAGCUGGACGAAAAAGUAGGUAAGCAAUCCUAGGUAUUAAACUGUGUCAAUUAUUUCUGAGUUAUUUGCUGGUGGCUAGUCCACCUUUUGUUGGCAAUUCUGUUGGUGGCAAAAUGGUUUGGUGUCAAGAUGACCAUAAACCUGCUAAUCAAACCUCAAUCUUCCUACAACCUAAGGUCUAAUGAUAGCCAAUUUUGCUACAAACCCUACAAAACAGGUAUUUUUUACGGUACCAGCAUUAUGGAGCCUGAUCAUUUCCUUGACGAGUAUGAUUAUCUUUGAUUUGCAGGGAACUGUCACAAUAUUGAAGAAUUUUACAUCGUUAACACUAAAUAUAGAACUUGGAGUGUGCGUAGUUCUCAUGCUGAGGCGAUCACAUGAGCACAAAUUCAGGUAAAAGUGAACUACUGUUCAUGCGAAUGUCCUCUGAAAUUUGUUUUCAUUUCUCGUUGCCCAGUGGUGAUUUCAAAGAUGGCUCGGUAAAAAUGGCAAGAGUGAUGGAGGUAGUGUUGGUAAUGCUGAUUAUGCCUAUGAUGCUGACGGUAUUGGUGUUGGUGUAUUAACAGUGAUGCUAUGGUGAUGUGUAUUAUUUAAGUGAUCGCAGUGUUGUCAUUUUUCCCCACUCGUCUGCUCGCGAUUUUUAGCCUUUUUUCCCCAACAUGAAGAGCCUCUUUUCGAGCUAAAGUAUUCCCCACUUCAGUGAGCUCAGUUUCCGCUUCUCUCUUGGUCUUCCUCGAGAAGAGACAGAACUCAUGUGUCCAGCCAUCUGUUCAGGGCAGGAGCUUGGGCUCAUUCCCCAAACAGUGGCUGGUAAUCGAGCCUACCACUUCAGAAACGCUAGGGAGAAUUGGCUACAAGCUUUCCCCAAAAUCAUUGUGACAAAAGCUUGUACCCAUUCCCCUAGUUUCUGGAAUGGGGAAUUGUGGUUUGUGGUGGUCUCAAUGAUGACAGGGUUCGUACAGAUCAUGGAAAACCUGGAAAGUCAUGAAAUUUAAGAAUUCAAUUUUCCAGGCCUGGAAAGUCAUGAAAUUUAAUUGACGGUCAUGGAAAUUCAAGGAAAAUUGGAAGUAUUAUGUUUGGUAGAUUAGUUACUGUAGAUGUCAAAGCAAGGACAAAGUAAGAUAGAGACACAUAGUUAAAUAGCGCGAAUGAAGCACGUUUUGUUGGACACCAGAGUUUGUGUCUGUUCAACUGAAUUACAUAUGUAAAAAUAUCACCAAAAACAAGAAUAAUUUUGAAAAUUUUUGAAAGUGAAAGCUAAAACUAAGGCCAUGGAAAACUGGAAAAGGUCAUGGAAAAAGUCAUGGAAUUUGAACAGCUCAAAAGAGUACAAACCCUGGACGAAGAUGGUACCUUGCUUGUAAAUUGUUUCAUUUAUACCAUUUCUCAUUCUUUAUAUUUAUGCCUUUUUUCAGUCAUCUAAGAGUACCACUCCCCCUAUCGCGUCCCUUAUAUCACCUGCAGUACUUCAUGGUUGCUUAUUUCCUGGUUACUCUUGGCUUCCAUGUGGCCGACAUCAUUCAGUUAUUAACUUACAACCAAAAUUCAACUAGUGGAGUGGAGUUUUUAGCAAAUCAAACUUUAACCACUUUUAAUAUCACUUGGAACAGCUCAAGCCUGUCGGAUUUGCAUAACAGACGCUGGCGAAUAAAUAACAUUCUGUCUACCAACGAGACGCACUAGUUAGGAAUAUUUGGAGGUUAUAUGUUAGAGAAUAUUGUGCUUCUUUUGUGAGCCAGUGGACCAUAUCUGGGGUUUUGGAGUGAUUUGCAACAAUGUGUACGUGUUUAUAUUAAACCAAGUGAUGAAGUUUAGUAUCACAAUAGGUCAUAAUCGAAUUCCCCUGGACCUCUGUUUCAAAACAAGGGUAGGUGCUCAACCUUUGAUAUGGAGAUCAUUUUUCAUUUUCACGCAAAUAAAACUCAUUUGUACAAGAAAGGUUGUGCACCUAGCCUCAUUUUGAAAGUGAGGGUUUUUGGAACUUGGAAGUGGCCUAUUAUGGCAUGAUGUCACACACUCUGUUCGAGGUCACUAAAGACCAGUUUCUAACCUCCACGUUAGAGAGGAAGUGGAAGUUAGGGAAAAUUGGGCAGAGAAAUUUCAAAAUACUAAGUCUCAGCAGUUGGGGUUAGAUUACCUCUCACGUGGGUAAAUAUAGCGUUGGAAAUAAUCUGGUUAAAUCAGAAUUGUAUUUGGACCAGUCGGUUGGGAUGGAAAUAGAAGUGGGCGAUUACUUUGGUGGAUGAAAUCUUUUUGUCAGAUCACAUGAUCCAUUCUUCUCUUUCUGAUCAACCCAACCUUAAAGGGGCAUUAUCAUCAAGAGUUAUAGCAAACAGAACUGUUACAACACAUGUAGAUAGGGUUUUCAGGGACAAUUCAUUUUGCUACUUCCAUCUUCGUGGGGCAGGGCUUUUGCCAGGGUGCUUCUUUCAAAGUGUACAUGAAUUAAUUGGUUAUAGAUGCCCCCUAAUGUGAUAGAUGUUUCGUCUCUAGUGUUUUUCUGCCUCUGUCUUUUUUUUUUUGUUGUACGUCUGAUGGGGUUGGGUUAGGUGAGAUUACACUAUGAAAUCGGGUCUACGUUUUUUCUUUGCUCAGCCCCAGCUGGUUAAUAUAAAGAAUUACUUGGGGGAUUAUAGCCAAUCAGGGGCCUGUUGCAGGAAAGUCCUGUUAACUUUUUGG